ACUUUUUGGAAGACUUUGCAAGUGACUAUGAAAACGCAUUACUUCAAACUGGAUUCGGAAAUUUUCAAUUGCUUUUGCUGACAAUAUGUGGUUUAAUUUACAUGAACACAGCCAUAGGUGUGACAAUUAUAUCGUUCGUUUUGCCAUCUGCUACAUGCGAUUUUGCCAUGACAUCCACAGACAAAGGAUGGCUAUCUGCUUCGCCUAUGCUAGGAAUGUUAAUUGGAUCAUAUUUUUGGGGAUGUCUCGCGGAUACGAAAGGUCGACGUGUGGUUCUAAUUACUACUUUAUUGGCAGAUGGUAUAUUUGGAAUAUUAUCUUCUUUUGCUCCAAUUUAUUUCAUUUUUAUAAUAUUGCGAUUAAUAAAUGGAUUCAAUGUUGCAGGAACCAUGAGUAUCAUAUUCCCAUAUUUGGGUGAAUUUCAAACUACACAGCAUAGAGAAAAAAUUCUAUGUUGGAUGGAACUUUACUGGACUUUUGGAAUAAUUUUGCUCCCGGGAAUCGCGUGGUGUUUAAUUCCAUUGAAAAUCAAUAUUGGAUCUGGAAUAUUUUUUUAUCAUAGUUGGAAUCUUUUUGUUGCGCUAUGUGCCGUUCCCAGUAUUUUAUUAGGUCUCUGGCUAUUUGCAUUCCCCGAAAGUCCCAAAUUUCUUCUGGAACAUGGAGAGUCUGAAAAAGCUCUAGAAGUUCUAGCACAUAUUUUUGUCAAGAACACUGGACAAAGCCGCAGUAACUAUCCCAAUCUCAAUACAUAGAUGGAGUGCUAUUGCUUCACAGAUUAUAUGAGAGAUACUCGGUUAGAUUUUGCUAAGC